CCCUCCUGGGUAAUAGCACGUGAAUGCGGCCAGACAUUCUCAUUCUAGUUGCUUGUCAGAAUUUGGAAGAUGGCGAUGUUUAAGUUUCAGUGGUGUAUUGUUCUUGCGCUGCUACUGGACACGGUACAAAGGACCUAUGCUGACCCUAAGAAAUGUGUCAACACUCCAUUUGACUUGGUAAUUGCCAGUGAAGACACUAAAAGGGUGAUCCCAGGAUCAGUGGCAGAAAUUAACCGGGUAUACAGUGCGAUAGCGACACAGCUGGAUAUUGGAGGACAGCAUAGGAUGGCCUACUACACCAUGACGACAUCUGCUGUGCUUACAAACUUUGGCCUGUCUGACCAUACGACUACUGCUGCAAUAACAGCCGCCUUCACCGCAGUAGGAGACCAGAGUGAUAUAACUGCACUCCUGCAACUUCCAGAUGGUAAAUUCAUUGGGACUUCAAUCUUCCUUGUCGGUUUGAUUUUUUCAAAAGUUCAAACUCAAUUGGCCAAAUAG